AUGAGCAGAGAGCGGAUGUCGCACCCAGAAUCUUAUUCGGCGGACAACGUCGGUUUGAACACUAGAAGGACGGACUUGCUUCUUCGGGUGUCAAUACGAAUACCUUUCUAUUUCUAUGAGUUGAAGUCGAUGAAAGCAGAUAAGGUGGGUGUGAUGAGAUAUGGCAGGCUGCACAGCAAAGUCGGAGUGCUGCGUUUGAAGCAGGCAAUUGGACACCGUCGAAUCCGAUGGGCGGCUUUUUUCCCUGGUAGUGUUUUGGGAAAGAGACGGUAUGCUAAGAAGGAGCCGUUGAAAUAA